AUGCACGUCAAGUCCACUGCUGUCGCCUUGAUGGUGGCCGUUGGCUCGGCCAAUGCAGCUGUUAUCUACGGCAAGGAGUCGGUGAUCAAGGACGACCCAGACUUUGGCCUUUGCCUUCCAACCAUGAAGUUUGAAGGUGGACUUGGUGGACGGCCGUCAAUGGACUUUACUUUCUUGCCCUCGGACCCACUGUGUGCUCGUGGCCAGCAAGAGGCUUCUAACCCCAAUAUCAUUACCAACCGCAUCUGCGACCAACUCUCGACUGUCUGUGGCGCGAACCAGGAAGCAGUGGCUCUCUGCCGCGAAUCCCAAGCCAAGAUCCGAUCCCUGGGAACUAAGGACAAAUCCACUGCCGAUACCUGGAACACCCUCAUGGGCUUCGGCUACGCCCUAACCAACCCCGAUGGGGGUGCCGCCGUCCCCGGCGCCGUCAAGGACGACUUGAAGAAGCGGUCUCCCAAACCCAUCAUCUUCUGCUCCGCCACGGAAUGGAUUGACGAGUGCACCGGAUGGCCCGCGCCCGAGCCUGUCGUCAAGCGAGAUGUGGCCGCCGCCCCUGUCAAGAAGCGGGACGUCGAGGUGAAGAGGUCGGAGAAGAAGGCCAAGAGGGCAGAUAUCCCAUUCAUCCCCUGUUCCCCGACCGAAUGGAUUGACGAAUGCACCGGUUGGCAAUAG